AUGACCCACGUUACUUCUACCCAGCCCGCAUCGGAGAUGUACUCAAUGACCGAUAUCAGUUGGCGACGAAACUUGGCCAUGGAAGCAGCUCCACAGUGGAAGUGGCUCAAAGACCAAUACUGUGCAGUCAAGAUCAAAGCAAAUAUUCCGAGUCCUGCUCAUGAGACAGCUCCUGAAGAGCUGGAAAUCCUACGGCAUAUCACAAACAUCAACUCUAGCCGCGAGGGUCGAGAGUUCAUCAGACAUCUCCUUGAUUCAUUUACAAUACCCGGCCAGUCUGGAUAUCAUCAAUGUCUUGUGUUCGAACCCUUACGGGAGCCACCUUGGCUUUACCAGAGACGUUUUGUCGGCGACGUACUCCCCAUGGAGAUGGUGAAGAUCAUUCUUCAGAUGGCAUUGCAGGGACUUGAUUACCUGCACUCAGAGUGCCAUGUUAUUCACACCGAUUUAAAACCCGACAACAUUAUGGUGAAGCUCGAAGAUCAAUCGAUCCUGGAGCGCGACGCCGAGGAUGAAUUCAGGCACCCACUUCCGCAGAAGUCCUGCGAAGACGGCCGUGUAAUAUAUCUUGCUCGAAAUGAUUAUGGACGAUUUCGAGGACCCGUUGGUGUCAUUCGCAUUUCUGAUUUUGACCUUGCGGUCUUUGGCGGUCGCGGUUUGCACAAAGGCUGUAUUCAGGCGGAUCUCUACCGCGCACCUGAAGUCAUUCUCGACGCUGGAUACACGUACAGUGCCGAUAUCUGGAGCUUAGGGGUUAUGCUUUGGGAUCUACUGGAAGGGAGAUCGCUUAUCAAGAGCAACGUGCCGAAGGAAGGCCAGAAAUACGAGUACGACGAUCAAAGACACCUCGCGCUCAUCACAGCGCUGUUGGGAGACCCGCCUCAGACCCUUCUCACGCAUGGAGAUAGAACGUCUCUGUUCUACAACAAAGAUGGCCGCCUUCACCAGCCGGAUCUUAUCCCACCUGCUUUCAGCUUCGAGACCACCAUUGCAAGCCUUGACGGGGAGGAGAAGAGAUUAUUCAUCGCCUUUGUCCAGAAGAUGAUUCGAUGGCUGCCCGGCGAGCGGAGCACGGCAAAAGACCUCCUCAAAGACCCAUGGCUAUACACGGGACUCUCUGGAGAUUAA